AUGUCAAAUGCGAAAAGAGGAGAAAUGAGUACCACAGAUGUCGAUGUAAAUGCUAGGAUCUUACCGGCUAUUGAAAGUGAAGAAGAAAGCAGCGAUUCCGAUAGAGAGUUACAAAUCGCAUUCGAUGAAGGUCUGCUGAAGACUGACAAGCUGAAUUAUAUUGUGGAAAAAAAGAGACCGAUAAUAAAUAAAAAAGCUGAGUUGGAAGAUAAAAUUAAAAAACUGGCGAUGAAUUUGGCAUGGUUAGAAACGCUAGAUGUGGAAGUAAAUAAUGACCAUCUCAAUGAGAAAGUACUCAGUGACGAUUUCGAACGUGAGAUAAUUUUUUACAAGCAGGCUGAAAAAGCAGCACAAAUAGCAAUAUCGCGACUGCGGGAAAUGGGUGUAAGGAUUUUUCGACCGACAGAUUAUUAUGCCGAAAUGGUAAAAAGUGAUCAACAUAUGCAGAAGAUAAGGCAGCGUAUGGCAGAAAUUGAAGAAAGUAAACAAAAACUGGAAGCAAUUCGUAGAAUUCGUGAGGAAAAAAAGUUUGCAGCUAAGGUGCAAAAGAAGGUAAUAGAAAGAAAACAGAGUGAAAAAAAGAUUUUGGCAGAAGCAGUGAAGAAACAUCGAAAGGGCGUAAAGUCGCAUCUGGAUGCCAUGCUAAAUAAUACAAGAAGAAUACAGGAUACUGAGGUUGGAAUAAAGAGGUCAGAGAAAGGAAGAAUGCGCGAAAAGAGAUUUCGUCGAAUAGCCCGUGAUAAAAAGUUCGGCUUCGGCGGACAAAAAAAGAGAUCUAAGAAAAAUAAUAAAAAUAGUUUUGAAGAAUUUGCGACACCUGGGAGUCUAGCUCGUAGGCUCAAAGGACAUCAUUUUGGCGCACAUGUGUUGAAAAGUCAUGCAAAGGCGAGAAAAAGAUGA